AUGGAGAAAGCCAAACAAGAUGCAUUCGACAGUGCCAGACUUGAAGUCAUCCGAGACGCCUACGAGACGGCCUUUGAGUGCAUCAACACCGGACUCACCGUGGAUGAAGCCGGACACAAGGCGCAGGCCCUGGAGCUGUACAAGCGAGGGCGACAGCACCUUCUCCGGGGCAUCAGUGUGCCUUCCCGGGGAGAGGAGUGUGUCGGCAGCUCCUGGGAAUCGGCCAGACAGAUGCAGAGGAAGAUGCAGGAGACGCUGAACAACAUCACCACUCGGCUGGCCAUAAUCGAGACCACCUCUGACCUGGACUCCGCCCCUGCACUCGGCAACGGCGGGGUGUCUGACCCCGGCGCCGCCGCUGAAGUGUCCCAAGCACGUCUGUACCCAAAACUGUCCGGCCAAAGCAAGCCAGAGAAGCCGGCGCCGCCAAACGUCCUUUUUACUAACGGCCAGGAGGCAGGCGCAGUAGGAGGCAUGGCCGCGUGCAGCAGCGAGGGUCUGCCCCUCUCCCCCACCAGACGGCCUGUGGUUCCAGCCGAGCAGCCCCCGGCUUAUUCCCCUCAGGCGGCCGACGGCCACCUGUCCGUCUCCUAUGGAACGGACGCGGGGGAAAUGUCCCUGGUCGGGGAUGAGUACUACGGCCGCACGUCUAACUCGACCCCGUCCCACCAGAGUCUGGGUGAAGACGGAGAGGAGCUGGUGUACAUCCCUCAUGGCGUGCAGAUAUUCUUUGUGACGCCCGAAGGGCAAGUGAGCGCCCCAUCGUACCCGGGCUACCUGCGGCUGGUCAAGUUCACUGGCGACCGUGACGACAAGAUGCCCAACCGACCGCCAGCAUUUUUGCAGGUGUGUGACUGGUUGUACCCUCUCAUGGCCUCGGACUCGCCGGUGUUGCUGUGUAACAACGGUGUGUUCAUGUUUCCGGACGUGAUGGCGCCAACUCCGGGCUAUUAUGUGGGGGUGGUGUUGUCCUCCGAGCUGCCUGCUGCAGACCGAAAGCUGUUCCAGGACCUUCUCGCCCAGAGCACGGAUCUCAGAGUUCAGCCUCCAGAUGAAGCUGCAGACACCAUUAAUCUCGGUCAGAAGGUGUCCAUCGUUGCGCCGGAGGAGACCGCAGCGGCGGUGACUGAGGAGGAGAAGGCGCUCCCUGAGUGGAGUGAAAAGGUGUCGAGUGGGAUUUUGACUGGUGCGUCAUGGCUAAGCUGGGGCCUGGUGAAAGGAGCCGAGUUCACGGGCAUGGCCAUUCACAAAGGGGCCUCUAAACUCCGAGAACACAUCACCCCGGAGGACCGACCCGCCCACGUCAACCCCACAGUCACCAGAGGCCUCCACGUGGCCAAGCAGGCGACGGGAGGAGCUGUCAAAGUCAGCCAGUUUCUAGUGGACGGGGUGUGCAUGGUCGCCGGCUGCGUGGGUCGAGAGUUGGCUCCACACGUGAAAAAACACGGAGGCAAGCUGAUCCCGGAGUCUAUGAAGAAGGACAAGGAUGGCCGUUCCAACAUAGAUGGAGCGAUGGUGGUGGCUGCCAGUGGAGUGCAAGGAUUUGCGACCAUGUGGACUGGUUUGGAAGUCGCAGCAAAGGACAUUACUAAGAGUGUAGCAGCAGAGACCGUCACCACAGUAAAACAUAAGUACGGGGCGGCUGCAGGACAAGCCACAGACCAUGCUGUCAAUUCUGCCAUUAAUGUCGGCCUCACUGCCUUCAAUGUUGACAACCUGGGAAUCAAAGCUGUGGUGAAAAGGACCGGCAAGCAGACGGCAGAGACCAUUUUGGAAGACUACAAGCUGCAGGUGAAACCAGAGAGUGGGAAACGAGUGGAGAAAUCGGGCAAAUAGCUGGUAGUGCCCCGCCACAUUCCCUCAGCUACACCUUAAAAUAUCAUUUGUAUUCUAUCAAAUGAGUUUUGUCGACUGAAUAUUCACUAUUUAUAACAACAUGUUCUAUAUUUAGAAUGUAACUACUGUUUUAUGCCUAUCUAAAGGUUUGAUAUAGCUCUUUGGCACUUUAAUCUUAAUGUUAAAUAAAGAUGGAUGACAGGAAUAAAAACAGCAGAUUUCACUACUCAAAUUAAAACAUGGUUAUAGUUUAUUGACUGUUAUUAUCACUUAACUUGGUAAGUAGUUUAAUUCUGUGCGUUGUACCAACACAGCAUGUCAUUGUUGUCGACUAUACACUGGAAAUUUUCCCAACCUUCGUGAAGCAUCUGUGUGUUUGAAUUUAUUCCUGGUAAAGUGCAAUUUACAUGCUUUGAAUGGAUGGUGAAAAGAAUAUAUUGGAUAUUAAAAAGCGUCUGCUAUACUGUUUGAAAUGAAGUAUAAUCACUGCUGCCUACUGUGCCUGAAAACAUCAAAUAAUAUACAAAAAAACAAUGUGUUCAAAAGUUCACUAUGUAUUUUUGUUAGUACAUAAUGGACUACGUCAACACGUCACAGAUUUUUCCAUCUAUUAUGGAUGAGGGUUUGUGCUACAUUUUAACUUUCAGUUCAGUUGGAUCCAGGCUUUCAAAAUCAUUACAAUAUUACAAAUACAAUUUGACUAAUAUAUCUUAUUUUUAUGUACAACGUUUAGAUAACUGUGAAUUUUGAAGUGUUAUGAUAGUUUUCUUUGGACACCUGUGAGUCCUUCGUUUUUGAGUGGUCUGCUUUGUCAUCUUUUUAAACUCCAGCUUUAAGACUUCAGCAGGUUAAUGUACAUUUUAAAUGUCUUUCUAGUAUUCUAGUUGGGCAUUGGGUUUUCUUAAAUACAGAGACUAUUCUGAAAUAAUAAACAGUUUAAAGAAGUACUACA